AGAAGAAGGGCAAGUGACGCAGUGACGUACAGACAUAAACUAGGAAGUGAACAGCGAGCAUUGACUCCGCCGUUGCAUUUUAUUUAUAAAAAAAAACUAUAUUUAAUUAAAAAAACUUAUUUGAUACUUUUGGAAUGUAUUUUAGUGUUUCUGCCACAAACGUUACGGGAUAAAUGUAGUUGAACAGAGAGAAAAGGUUAAGUUUAGCAUGUCGGGGAGCUACCCCACGCCGCUGUACUCUCACGCCGCGCGGGGAGACUUCCGUGAUGUCUACGAGCCGUCGGAAGAUUCCUUCUUGCUCAUUGACUCGCUGGAGAAAGAUGCCGAAAAGCUCCAGCGGAUGAGGCCCUGCGUCUGCGUGGAGGUGGGCAGCGGCUCCGGCGUGGUGUCUGCCUUUCUUGCGUCCGUGUUAGGACCUUCAUCCGUCUAUUUUUGCACGGAUGUGAAUGGCACAGCAGCACAGUGCAGCAGCAAGACCGCAGCCUGCAACAACGUGUGCCUGCAGCCGGUCAUCACAGACCUGGUGGAAUGUUUCCUGCCCCGGUUAAGUGGACAAGUGGACGUGCUACUCUUCAAUCCCCCUUAUGUGGUGACGUCAUCCAAUGAAGUGGGCAGCACAGGUAUAGAAGCUGCCUGGGCAGGCGGGAGGCGAGGUCGUGAGGUCAUCGACAGGUUUCUGCCAGUCGUGUCCCAGUUGCUGUCCAGUCAAGGACUCUUCUACUUGGUCACCAUAGCAGAAAAUGAUCCAGAGGAGAUCAUCCAGCUGCUGAGCGGCUAUGGUCUGCACGGAUACCCACACCUGUCAACCAGGGCUGGAAAUGAGAGACUUGCAGUCCUGCGCUUCCAUAAGCGCCAACCAGAGCUUUUAACGAGAGAUUUCAAGUUCUGCACUUCCAUAAGUGCCAACAAACCUGAACUUUAAAUGCUUUUGACCACAAACCUGAGGGUGAAAAUAUGAGAAAUGGAUGACACGUCCAUCCUCACUAAGAUGGACAGCUCCGCUGGAGACCAGCUCCAUCGCCACAGGAAAGGCCUUAUGCUCAGCCUCUUUGAUUCGGGCUGACAGACUUUCUUCAGUAUCGCCGCUCAUCACUGGCACCGCCUCCUGCACGAUGAUGGCCCCUGCGUCCACCUCCUCCUGAUAGACAGAACACGCCCAUUCAGCUGGUUAAUGUGCGCGUGUAGGUGACAAUGUGGCUGACUUACUGCAACAAAGUGGACCGUGCAGCCGCUGACCCGCACCCCGGCCUGGAGAGCCUGCUUUUGGGCGUUCACACCCUUGAAGGACGGCAGCAAGGAUGGAUGGAUGUUCAAGAUCUUACCUAAAAUGAGAUCAUGUUAAAAAUAAAAUGUGAUUCAUAGUGACACCAAUA